AUGCUGACGAGCUCUCGGGUGCACGGCGCAGUUUCUCCGGGGCUGAGCGUGGGUCUGUCUGCUCUGCCGCCCGGGGGGCGCUGGGCACCUCUCACCGCACACGGGCGGAUUUCAGGGCCUGGCGGGAGGGGGUCAGAGCCGUCCGCCGGGGGCAUUGCCGCCAGGGUGGCUUUUGGCCCCCACCCGCACCCCGACGGCGUCCCAGCCUGCCUGGACGAGGACGGCUUCUGCAUCCCGCCCUGGGACUUGUGGGGUCGUGUUUGCGGGGUGCUGGGGGUGGUCGCCGGGCCUGGCCAGCCUGACCCCAGCUGCCAGAAGCUGCCCCAGCCUACGUGGGACUGCAGCAGCCGCCUGUUCUCGCGGCGAGGAAGAACCUGCCAACCAAGCUCCUCUCUCCUCCGAGGGACCACCCAGACAGAUAAUCCCUGCCUUUUCUGGGAUGAAGGACCACCCAUUCUCACCGUGCCACAUCCAGAAGCCUUCCUCCUUCACCUCCUCCUGCCUGUGACAGCCGCCCACUGCCGCCGGGCCACAGCCGAGGAGUGCAAGGAGCACGUGGCCUUUGUGCCUGACCACAGCCGGGUUGAGAAAGGCUUUGAUGUCACGAUGCUGGCCCGGAAGACCUACGUGGUGGACACCAAGCAGUGGCAGAGGUGAGACGGGACCUGCACCCUGUGCUCCAAUACACUCCAGGGCAGGAGUCUCCAGCGCCUUCCCCUGGCUGUGGUCAACGGGCGGGUCAAGGUCUCAUGCCAGAGGACAGCCACCAGCUCCCUGAACUACUCGGUCGUGGAGGUGGCCCAGGAAGCCAGCACAGCCAUGGAAAACAACUGGGAGGUCAUGCUUGAUGUGGAUGUCCCUUUGAAGGGCAACGUGCAGGUGGCGAUGGCUGGUUCCCGCCCUGAUAUUGCUAAAUUCAGUGAAGACAAGGCCCGGCAUGACAAGUACUCCUUUGCCAUCCGUGAGGUCUUCUGCCAAAACUAUUGGUUCAACAUCACCAAUAAUCCCCUGCUGUCUCCUAACUUCACGCGAGCCAUAAAGGACCUGCCCUGGUACUACAACUGGGCUUCACGCCCCAAGUAUCGCCAGUUCAUUGCCACCUACGGCACCCACUACUUUGCCCAGGUCUACCUGGGGGGCCACAUCUGGAACAUCACAGCCAGCCGGACCUGCCAGACGGUGCUGGAUGGGCUGACGCCCGACAAGGUCCAGUUCUGCUUGGACCUGGAAGUGGCCAUGAGCACUGGGGCUGAGACCAGCAGAGCUGAGGGGGCCCCCAAGGUGUGCCGGAAGCAACGUGAGAAGCUUGGCAUGAACUUCUAUGAGGUCUACAAGGACCGUGACACUGAGGUCAUUGGAGGCCAUGGCCACUUCGAUUUGCUCUUCACCAAUGGGUGGGACACCAACAUUUACACCAGCUGGCUGGAAGAGCUCAAAGCCAACCCUGACCCAAUCUCCUACACCCUGGCACCUCUCCACAUUUUCGUCAAGCAACAGGACCCAAGAAGGGAGGCUCUCCAGCAAGCAGUGAGCAAAUACAUCCAUGACCAGGCCUUGUGGAGCAACUGCUCCCAGCCAUGCCUGCUCGACACCCAGCGUAGAGCCCUCUGCUCCUGUCUCUGCCCCAGGGACACCAUAGCCAAUGCCAUGUGCUGCUCCCAGGACUGGGGGUGGGGCAAGCUGGAGGUUACAGUCAAACAUGGCAAAGGCCUGUGGGGAGAUUAUGGAAGCCAGACAGAUGCCUACAUCAAGGUUUUCUACCAAGAGAGGUUGAACCAAAGCAGAACUGUGAACAACAACAACCCCAUCUGGAACAUCUGUCCGGAUUUGGGGGCUGUGAAGGUUACCAGGGCCCCCCAGCUGAAGGUGCAAGUAUGGGACAAGGACAGUGGGUGGGACGAUGACCUCCUGGGGACCUGUGAUGAACCGCUAGUGGCUGGCGCCUCUCAGCAGAAGACCUGCUACCUGCACCACGGCAAGCUAGAAUACCAGUACAAGCUGCUCUGUGGGCCGAGUCUGGGGGGACCUCAGUGCCAGGACUAUGUCCGCCAGCCCCCCGGUAGGGCAGCCAAAUAGACUGGGAUUGGGUGACCCUUG